CACACGCACGCAGACAGUGUUCGUUCGUUAUGAUCCCCAAACGCUCUUUCUGUCUCCCAUCGAAUCUCUGUCUCCUCUUCCUCUCCAAACCCAAAGCCAGAAUAGCAUUAGCAGCCAUGGCCAUCCCUGCUGUACUUGCCAUCGUUCCCAUUGGCGUUGUUUUCAUUCUCUCAGGCCUCAUUGUUAAUCUCAUGCAGGUAGUUUCUUUCAUCCUUCUUCGUCCUAUAUCAAAGAAGUUGUAUAGAAAGAUCAACAAAGUAGUUGCAGAGUUGCUUUGGUUGGAACUCAUAUGGCUUAUUGAUUGGUGGGCAGGCAUCAAGGUUGAGUUGUAUGUAGAUUCAGACACCUUUCAGUUAAUGGGUAAAGAACAUGCACUUGUCAUUUGCAAUCACAGAAGUGACAUUGAUUGGCUUGUUGGAUGGCUCGUAGCUCAGCGCUCAGGUUGCCUUGGUAGUGCACUAGCCAUCAUGAAGAAAGAAGUAAUGUUCCUCCCAGUCAUAGGUUGGUCAAUGUGGUUUUCUGAAUAUUUCUUCUUGGAAAGAAGAUGGACUAAAGAUGAAAUUACAUUGAAGUCAGGUUUUCAACAACUAGAGGAUUUCCCCAUGCCUUUUUGGUUGGCUCUCUUUGUAGAAGGAACGCGAUUUACUCAGGCAAAGCUAAUGGUAGCUCAAGAGUUUGCUGCUUCAAGAGGGUUGCCUAUUCCUAGGAAUGUCUUGCUUCCACGUACAAAGGGUUUUGUUUCAUCAGUAAGCCAGAUGCGCUCAUUUGUUCCAGCAAUUUAUGAUUGUACAGUAGCUGUUCCCAAAAAUCAGCCACCGCCUACAUUGUUGAGAAUAUUUCGAGGGCAAUCUUCUGUGGUAAAAUUACAAAUCAGGAGACAUUCAAUGCAGGAAUUGCCCGAAACGGCUGACGGAAUUGGACAGUGGUGUAAAGAUGUAUUUGUUACCAAGGAUGCUUUACUGGAGAAGUACUUUGCUAAAGGCACAUUCAGUGACCAGCAACUUCAAAACAUUGGCAGACCUAUGAAGUCCUUAAUUGUUGUGUUACUCUGGUCCUGCCUAAUUGGCUAUGGAAUUUUCAAAUUCGUUCCAUGGUCUUCCCUCCUAUCCUCAUGGAAAGGCAUUGCAUUUUCAGCUACUUUCUUGGUCCUUGUUGUAAUUGUUAUGCAAAUCCUCAUCCAUUCAUCUGAAUCAGAGCGUUCGACACCGCUCAAUAUAACCCCACAAGACCAAACCAAGGAGAGACUCGUUCAGAAAUGAUCUUCUUAUUUAAGUAUUAGUGCUAACAAUUAGGCAUGACAGUGUCUUCAAAUGUGAUUAUAAUUUUUUUUUUUUUUUUUU